AUGUUUCUUCAGCGUCUGCCAGCAACGGUUCAAACCGCCCCACUAGCGUCGGAGCUCCUCAUUGAGCAACUAGCCUCAAAAGCGGACGAGAUUCUAGCCAUCCAGACUACUGCACAAGUUUCAGCUGUAGCCACUGCCCCACCUCUAACCCUGGAAACCCUCGCGACACAGUUGCCGAACUCACAACUGCCGUUCGACAACUUUCAGCCCACGAAUCUUCACCAUGUCCCAGAUCCCGCCAUCGCAGUCCUGCAUCACCCCGGGUCAGCCGCGGUCGUGGACGAGACGAGAUUGCUCAUAGCCGGGAAAUGGACACCGCGGGAACUAAUAGCGCCGGUCUCUCGCGGCCCCAGACGGCGCCUACUCUACGUCCGCGACAACAACUCCCGCCUGCGGUUCUUGGUGGACACAGGAGCGGAACUGACGUGGGUUUUCCUAGUCGCCGACGUACAGCAGCCGAUCCUCGGAGCUGAUUUCCUGGCGCACCACGGAUUCACGGUGGACCUUAGGCGGGAGUGCCUUGUGCACCAGUCAGGGACCCGCACCUACGCCUCGUCGGCCCUGGUAUGUGUCCCUCGGAUAUACACGGUGCUGCCCAACCAGUGCCCUUACAGAGCUGUGCUGCAUCGAUUCUGCAUCGCCAAGGCAGAGUUCGAGCACAUGAGAGAGCUCGGCAUCAUACGCCCUUCUAGCAGCCAGUGGUCAUCUCCCCUGCACCUUGUACGUAAGAAGGACGGCGAACUGGCGUCCCUAGCUUACCACGAAAUCCCCAUCGCUGAGGAGGAUAUCCCAAAGACAGCUGUGACCACGCCCUUCGGUCUCAGCAGUAGUGAGGAACACCAGCAGCACCUCCAGGCACUCUUCGACCGCCUGCAAGGAGCUGGAGUCGUCAUCAAUCCUGGUAAGAGUCUCCUCAGAGUCACCUCUCUCACCUUUCUAGGUCACGCGAUUACCGCCGACGGCAUUAUCCCAGCUCAGGAGAAGGUCAGCAGCAUCAGGCAGUUCCCUAAGCCAACAACAAAGAGAACAGCUUUGGAAGUACCUCGGCAUGAUAAACUUUUUCAGGAGGUUCAUCCCGAGCAAAGACGCCUAGCCUCGGCGACCCUCCUCAACCACCCGCAGCAGGGAGCGAGGCUCAAUUUAGCUGUCGGCGCCUCAGACACCGCCAUGGGAGCAAUUCUGCAACAAGACCCAGGUACAGGCCUUCGGCAAGGAGUAUACGGCCAUCAAACACUUCGGACAUACGUCGAGGAGAAGGACUUCCACCAUCUUGACGGACCACAAGCCCUCACCUUCGCCCCUGCACAACAGGGGUCGCCGUCAGUCCCCGCGGAAGAGAGGCACCUGGAUUUCGUUGCCCAGUCACCACUGACAUACGACACAUCCGAGGCACCAACAACCAGGCGCAGACGCCCUAUCCAGAGUCUCGAUAUCCAUGGUAAGUGCCAGCUGGUUUGCAGGGAGCAGCAACAAGACCCUUCCUCCCCAGGCUCACCGACGGAGAUACCUCCCUUCCAGCUAGAGCAGGUGCAGCUUCAGGGCUGCACCUGCUGGGCUGACCCCGUCCUUACAUCCCUCCGUCACUCCGCCGGCAGUUUUUCGAGGCUUACCACGCUCAUAGGGGAAUCCGAGCACCACAGGACUUCAUCAGGAGCAAAGUCGUCUGGCCCGGCAUCAAUAGAGACGUCCGGCAGUGGUGCCCCACCUGUAUUGAGUGCUAGCGCAGUAAGGUUCACCGACACACUAAGUCUCCCCCGCAGGUUAUUCCUUGUACCAGACGGCCGCUUCGAGCAUGUUACACCUCGACUUAGUCGGCCCUCUACCAGAAAACCAGGGUUACAGCUACGUCCUGACGGUGAUAGCCUGAGGCCACACCUAUCCAGGACACUACUGCCGCCACCAUUGCCAAGACCUUCAUCAGCACCUGGAUAUCUCGCUACAGGACUUCAGCGACAGUCACGACCGACAGAGUCCAAGCUCUGGAGGCAGUUGAUGAUUCUUCUCGGCUCGAAGCACAUCCGGACCACAGCAUACCAUCCCACAGAAAUGGUCUACGGAACCACCAUAGCUCUCCCUGCUGACUUUCUAGUCAGCUUCGGAGAUCAGGACCCGGGAGCAUUCGGAAAGCAGCUUCUUGACCGCAUGGCCCGCAUCCGCUCUCGUCCUACUAGACCAUCAAGGCACCGAGACAUCUACUUGCCCCGCGACCUCCAGACGCUCACAUGUCCUCAUAAGGCGACCCACCAAGUCUCCCCUUGCCCGCCCUAUGAGGGGCCCUUCCCUGUCAUCAAGGGGACAGUAAAACCAUCACCAUCCGGCGUCAGGAUAGGAAUCAGCAGCUGA